AUGCACAGUAACCCAACUGACGAUUCCUGUGAUUGCAUCGGCUUAGGUGCGUUAAAAGCUAGCAACUGCAAUUGUACAGCCCAUAAAUUUAGCACCUUUCCCAAUAAGUCCCCGCCAGAUUCGCAAAGUUGUAGUAGCGAAUGUAUACUAGCGCCUGUAUACAUCAUCCAUACGCAUGACAUACAAAUAAUCUUUGGCGAAUCGCUAGACAAAGUUACUUAUACUCUUUACUGUCAGCCUAUCUGGGCCAUUUGCCUCCACGGCACGGUAAAAUCCCUUGACGCUUCCAGGGGUAUACUCGAGUUAGUAGACCAAAGCAACAAAUCCCUACAGAUUGAACUGGAUUUAGAGGAACUAUUCAUUGCUAGCAAACUUAGCGGGCUGAGGGUGGAAAGGAGGUCCUUAGUUAGCGUGGUUUGUCGUGUUUUGCAUGUCGUUGUUGGCCGCAACGCCUACAUUCGAUUUAAGGCGGAGAAGAUCAACGGCAUAACACGAGAUAGCCUACACAAGUGGGAUAGAAUAGUUAGUGAUUGGCGAAAUAGGAUAACUCAUAGUUGCACUACUAUAUAA